AUGAAGUCUACAAAGGAAAUCCAGGCCUUCAAGCCGGCUAGCGCCUCUCAACUUAGAGACCAAGAAUCUGGUACACAGAUUUCCAUUAGCACCGCUACCGAGGCGGCCUAUGUUCGUAAGAUGGACUACUGGUUACUUCCAUUCAUGAGCAUCAUGUAUUUCUUCAACGCUGUUGACAGAAGCAACCUUGGAAAUGCUGAAACAGACGGAAUGAGCAAAGAUCUGAAUUUUGUGGGAGAGCAGUACUCUCUGUUGAUUUUACUUUUCUACAUACCAAAUGGCCUUUGCGAUCUCCCGCUCAACCUCUUGACGAAGAAGUUCUCAGGUCGCAUCAUGCUCCCGGCUUUGAUGGUCGGAUGGGGUGCCAUGGCGCUUCUGCAGGCUGCUUGCAAAAACUUCGGUGGCAUGUUGGCCAUUCGUCUCCUGUUAGGUGCAUUUGAAGCAGGAUUCUUUGCUGGGGCAGUAUUCUACCUGACUCUAUUUUACACUAGGGGUGAACUGGGCUUUCGAAUUGCACUCUUCUUUGGGAGUGCUCUGUUGGCGAGUGCAUUUUCUGGUUUGAUCUCCUUCGGGGUGUUCCGGAUUCAACACCCACAUGUUCAUGGUUGGAUGUGGCUAUUUAUCAUCGAAGGGGCUUUGACUGUGGUGUUUGGAAUCAUCGCUUUCUGGUGGUUACCGGCGAAUGCUCAAACAGCCUGGUUUUUGAACGACGCAGAGCGAGAAGUCGCCACUCUAAGAUCACUUCGCGAUGGAACGCGCGGUGUUGAAGAGGAAUUCAGUUUUAAAGAGUGUUUCCGCACUUGGAGCGACUGGAAAUUUCCCAUUUGGUGCAUUGUCAGCCUAACCUAUCCUGUUGCAUUCGCAACCACCGCCAACUUUCUCCCGUUGGUCAUCCGGCGUUUGGGAUACAACACGGUUACAACGAACCUUCUCACAGUGCCACCCAAUGUGGUGGGAUUUCUGGUUCUACUGGCAGUGACUUACAGCUCAGACCGAAAUCGAGAGAGAACAUUCCACAUCGUGGGGAGUCUCACUCUCAGCUUGAUAGGCCUCAUCAUAUUGGUUGUUAUCGAUGCCAGAUCUCACAUUGGUGUCGCCUACUUUGCGACAUUUCUGCUCACUUCAGGAGCAUACAUUCCGUCUUGCUUGGUUCAUAGCUGGCAUAAUAACAACAAUCUCAGUGAGAACUCACGGGCUGCGACGACGGGCCUACUGGUAGGUCUUGGAAAUUUGGGCGGUAUUCUGUCUGCUGCUACAUUUCGGACCACUUACGCUCCCCGUUAUGCUCCUACGCUGAUAGCCACAGCUGGAUGUAAUGUGGUGUGCAUUGUUUUUACUCUGUGGCUUGGAAUUUCUAUGAGACGAGAAAAUGCCAGAAGAAACAAAGACCAGGGCAUCACCCUGAGAGCCGAAGAUGUAGAGACAAGGGAUCUGUCAGAGGGUGAAAAAGAUCCUCGAUGGCGAUUUUUUGUCUGA